CCGGGUCUUUUCAGAAGCCUACUGACAAGUGACACUGACAGGUCUUAUGCACACCAGCACCCCAAUAAGUUCCUUGUUCUCCUUCACAAGUCCAGCAGUAAAACGGCUGCUGGGCUGGAAGCAAGGAGAUGAAGAGGAAAAAUGGGCGGAAAAGGCCGUGGAUUCUUUAGUGAAGAAGCUGAAGAAAAAGAAGGGUGCCAUGGAAGAGCUGGAGAGGGCGCUCAGUACACCAGGACAGUCCAGUAAAUGUGUCACCAUCCCAAGGUCACUGGACGGGAGGCUACAAGUGUCACAUCGUAAGGGUCUGCCACAUGUCAUCUAUUGUAGGGUCUGGAGGUGGCCAGAUCUGCAGUCACAUCAUGAGUUAAAACCACUUGAAUGCUGCGAGUUCCCAUUCGGAUCAAAACAGAAGGAUGUCUGCAUCAAUCCUUAUCAUUACCGCCGGGUGGAAACUCCAGUCCUCCCACCGGUACUGGUUCCAAGACACAGCGAGUUUAACCCACAGCUCAGCCUGCUCGCCAAGUUUCGUAACACCUCCAUCAGUAAUGAACCACUAAUGCCACACAACGCCACCUUCCCCGAGUCUUUCCAGCAACCAUCGUGUACUCCGUUCUCUACUUCACCCAGCAACAUCUUUCUCCACUCUCCAAACAAUGUGGGCUACCCUGAUUCCCCUAGAAGUUCCUCCGAGCCGGAAAGCCCCUAUCAAAUACCCUCAGACACCCCUCCACCACCAUACAACCCCCCAGAGAUCCACGGGAACCAAAACAGACACUCCGAUACUUGCACUCGCACUUGUUUUAUUUCAAGUCCGAGAGAUUACAUUUAUUCUGCUUUUAUCACAGAGUUCCGCCCUGUUUGUUACGAGGAACCAUUACACUGGUGUUCUGUUGCUUAUUAUGAACUGAACAAUCGGGUGGGAGAAACGUUUCAGGCAUCGUCUCGCAGCAUUCUCAUUGACGGUUUCACGGAUCCCUCCAACAACAAGAACAGAUUCUGCUUAGGCCUUCUCUCUAAUGUCAAUCGCAACUCCACUAUUGAGAACACCCGUCGGCACAUUGGGAAAGGAGUUCACCUCUACUAUGUCGGUGGUGAGGUAUAUGCAGAGUGCGUCAGUGACAGCAGCAUUUUCGUACAAAGUCGAAACUGUAACUACCAGCAUGGCUUCCAUCCAGCGACUGUGUGCAAGAUCCCAAGUGGCUGCAGCCUGAAGAUAUUCAAUAACCAGCUGUUUGCCCAGCUUCUGUCCCAGUCAGUUAACCAAGGGUUCGAGGUGGUGUAUGAGCUGACCAAAAUGUGCACGAUCCGAAUGAGCUUUGUAAAAGGCUGGGGAGCGGAAUAUCACCGUCAAGACGUCACCAGCACUCCAUGUUGGAUUGAGAUCCAUCUUCACGGUCCCCUGCAAUGGUUAGACAAGGUUCUGACCCAGAUGGGCUCCCCACACAAUCCCAUCUCUUCUGUAUCAUAAUACAAAUCUCCAGAGUGCUAUUGCAGGCAGUGGCUUAAAGAUGAUCUUUUUUGUCUUUCCUUUUAAUUAGUGAUUUGUACUGUAAAUACUUCAAUCUCGGUUUAUGUCACUUGACUUUUCUGUGUACCAUAGAGAAACUGUGCUGAAAGAUUCACGUUGUAUGUUUUUGAUAUAUAUUCGAAACCAUAUUUCUACAGAGAUAGCACUUCACUGA